UGUCACUUUACUAUUCACGAUUCUCGAAGCUUGAUUCAAGCCAAUAUAAUCAAAGUGGUGCUGUUUAUUCGCGCAAUGAGUGAUAUUCCAGAAUCGUCGCCCUACGAUGACGAAAUCGCCUCAAAAUUGAAGUAUAUGAUUCAAAAUAUAAAAGACACUGCCUGUCGAAUGGGAAUACAUGAUAGAAAUUCAAUAGUACCAACCAAAGCUGUGUUGUUGAUGGAUCCAGGAUCAGGAGUCAAGAUGCGUGAUUGUUCGCAAAUGCAUUUGAGUAAAGUGUUCCUGUAUAAAUUGUCUAAAGUGACCAAGAUAAGCGUAGCUACUCUCGAAUGCCUUAUGCCAUCGUUCGAUUUGCGGGGCUAUCUACAAAGCGAUAGACUAUGCUCACACUUUGUUACCUACGCCUCAUUAAUACAGAAGUUCCUUCAGGCCGAAGCAUACGUCACCCAAAUCGGGUCUAAAUAUUUAUUUGAUCGUCAACUUCUGACCUCCGACUGGCACUGAUUCUUUUUAAUAAUGGGACUCAAUGGACGUUUGAAUGGUCGUGUAUUGUUAGUCAUUCCAUGGUUUUCUCAAACGAAAGCUUAAUCACUAUUUAUCUUAACUUGGAUUUGUGAAAGGAAGACUUCAGUAAUCCUUA